CCGCCUCAGCCCGCCCUCCCCGCGCGGCACGCCGGGCCAACAUGGCCGCUUCCCGCCUCGCCGGGUGCCCGCCGCUCGGCUGACAGACAGCCGCCCGCCCCGGGGCUGCCCCGCCGCCCGGCAUGGAGGAGAGCUCCAGCUGCGAGAGCCUCGGCGCCGGGCGGGCGGCGGCGACGCGGCCGCCCAGCGGCGACUCCCUCUCCAGUGCUUCCACUUCUCACUCGGACCAUUCUGCUCACACUAAAUCCGCUUCUGCUAUAUCGUCCGACUCGGUCUCCACCUCGGCGGACAACUUCUCUCCAGACUUAAGGGUCCUGAGGGAGACUAAUAAAUUGGCUGAAAUGGAAGAGCCACCUUUGCUACCAGGAGAAACCAUUAAAGACAUGGCUAAGGAUGUUACUUACAUCUGCCCCUUUACUGGAGCAAUCAGAGGAACCCUUACUGUUACCAAUUAUAGACUGUAUUUUAAAAGCAUGGAACGGGACCCUCCUUUUGUCCUAGAUGCAUCUUUAGGUGUAAUCAACAGAGUGGAGAAAAUUGGAGGUGCUUCUAGUCGCGGUGAGAAUUCAUACGGGCUGGAGAUCGUAUGCAAGGAUAUUCGAAACUUGCGGUUUGCUCAUAAGCCUGAAGGGAGAACUAGACGAUCCAUAUUUGAGAACCUAAUGAAAUAUGCUUUCCCAGUUUCAAAUAAUCUGCCACUUUUUGCAUUUGAAUACAAAGAGGUUUUCCCAGAAAAUGGAUGGAAGGUGUAUGACCCCACUUGGGAGUACAGAAGACAGGGGAUUCCCAAUGAAAGCUGGAGGUUGACCAAGAUUAAUGAGCGCUAUGAGCUGUGUGAUACGUACCCCGCGAUUCUAGCCGUGCCCGUAAACAUUCCUGAUGAAGAAUUAAAGAGAGUAGCAUCUUUCAGAUCAAGAGGACGCAUACCAGUAUUGUCGUGGAUUCAUCCAGAGAGUCAAGCAACGAUCACUCGCUGUAGCCAGCCAAUGGUGGGAGUGAGUGGCAAACGAAGCAAGGAAGAUGAAAAGUACCUUCAAGCCAUCAUGGAUUCUAAUGCUCAGUCCCAUAAAAUCUUCAUAUUUGAUGCAAGGCCUAGUGUGAAUGCUGUAGCCAAUAAGGCUAAAGGAGGGGGCUAUGAGAGUGAAGAUGCCUAUCAGAAUGCAGAAUUAGUGUUCCUGGACAUUCACAAUAUUCAUGUUAUGAGAGAAUCGCUGAGAAAACUGAAAGAAAUUGUGUAUCCAAAUAUCGAGGAGACUCACUGGCUGUCUAAUUUAGAGUCAACUCACUGGCUCGAGCAUAUCAAGCUCAUUCUUGCUGGAGCCCUUCGGAUCGCAGACAAGGUGGAAUCGGGGAAGACGUCUGUGGUUGUACACUGCAGUGAUGGCUGGGACCGGACAGCCCAGCUCACCUCUCUCUCUCUGCUCAUGUUAGAUGGCUACUACCGAACUAUCAGGGGCUUUGAAGUGCUAGUGGAGAAGGAGUGGCUGAGCUUCGGCCACAGAUUUCAGCUGAGAGUUGGCCAUGGAGAUAAGAAUCAUGCAGACGCGGAUCGCUCUCCUGUGUUCCUCCAGUUCAUCGACUGUGUCUGGCAGAUGACAAGACAGUUUCCUACAGCAUUUGAGUUCAACGAGUAUUUCCUGAUAACCAUCCUGGAUCACCUGUACAGCUGUUUGUUUGGGACGUUCCUGUGCAGCAGUGAGCAGCAGAGAGUGAAGGAGAGCCUUCCAAAAAAGACCGUGUCGCUUUGGUCUUACAUCAACAGCCAACUGGAAGACUUUACUAACCCCUUGUACGUGAGCUACUCCAACCACGUCCUGUAUCCCGUGGCCAGCAUGCGCCACCUCGAGCUGUGGGUCGGCUAUUACAUUCGCUGGAACCCCAGGAUGAAACCACAGGAACCCAUCCACAAUCGCUACAAGGAGCUUCUGGCCAAGCGGGCCGAGCUGCAGAAGAAAGUGGAGGAACUGCAGAGAGAAAUCACCAACCGUUCCACCUCAUCCUCGGAGAGAGCUGGCUCUCCCGCACAGUGCGUCGCUCCUGUACAGACAGUUGUAUAAUACAGACUUCUUUUGCUGAGUACCUUCCCAAGACCACAGGGGCAGCUUUUCUGAAACUCUCUGGAUUUCCAGUGUGGUGUCUGGGAGAUGCCAACCUAUUUAUUUAUUUCUCUCCAGGGUAAUUUAUUAGUACUGUAGCACUAGAGGAAGCUUAAGCAAAACAAACAAACAAGGCCCCCUAUGCAAUUAACCUUCUCAGUGGCUAGAUUGUAAUACCAGCUCACUGCACUUGCCACCUAAAAGAAACCUAGAGCUCGCUCUUUGUUCCCUUAUCUGCUGGAAGUCACUUGGCUUUAAAGAGAGACCAUGCACUAGAAUGAAGUACUGUGGAGGAAAAACAUCUACUCAGAAGUUUGGAAAAUCUGCCCUUUGCUAAAAGGAAAAACCGACUCUGACUUAGUGGAGCCUAGAACAGAGCUGUGAAGUCAUGAAACCCUCCGCUAUUAAUGUCUGCAGAGCAGUGUUAAUGAGAGCAUUUGCCAACGUACUCAGAGAUAUGCAGCAACAGAAUCUGAAAAUGUGUCGCCUUCUCGCUUUUCCCUUCACUUUGCUCUAGGUCAUAGGAAGCCAUGUAAAUGAUGCCUUAUUUGAGGAAAGGGCAGCUUCUACCAACAAAACACGGUGGUAGAGAAGCAACCUACACAACUUUGUAGGACAAAGUUUACUCCCAUCUCUGCAACUUUAUAGUGUCUCACUUACAGUUUACACUGAGUGUGCCAGGAUGCAACUUAAGCACCUUUAUUUCCGAGGGGGGAGUGGAGCACAGCUCCCCUGGCUGCCUGCAGCCCCUCCAUCCUCCAGUGCCUCAUGCUCACCAGGGAAAGGGAGUGGAAUACUGAGGGGCACGCAUGAACUGCUGGCAUCAGUCAUUUCAUUUUGCUUGGAUAAGUGUAAUUAGUGACCAGUACUUCUGUGCAGGAUCAUAGUGGUGUACUUAAGGUAUUUCAGUUUUCUUUUAACUAACGAAUGGAAGCAACUAUCAACCAAAGAAGCCUUUCUGCCUGCAUUGCAACUGCUACUGAAGGUUGUUCUGGCAGACUCAACAGCUUAGCCAGUUUCUGAGCCCCAACUUUAGGUCUUCUUCCUCACAGCAUACUUCAAUAAUUAACAUGACUUGGCUAAACUUAAGUCAUAUUCAAUUUUAAUACAAAAUUUUACUGCAGAAGUGGAAAUAAAAACACACUUGGUGAAACCAUGACUGCCCCAUGGCUCUUCCAAACAGAUCAGUAUGGGGUUGUAGGAGAAGGGGCUUACAGCAAAGGAAGUGAUGUGUGUGCAAGGUCUUUAUUCCAGGCUGUUUCCCCUCUGUCCUGAGGAAGAGGGGCACUGCUUACUCUGAGUUCCUGUGUUGCUGUUUUAUGACAGGAUCCCAGAGUGUGCUCACCUGUUAGUACCCCCAUCAGCACACUGCUGCACAUGGCCUCUUUUCCACCAUAGAGAAGUAUUUUCUGAGAGAGUACAAGAGUGCACCCAUUUACAAAUUAGGAAUUACCUUACAAAAGCUGCAUUCCUUCCAAGGCAGUAACCCCAAUUUCCCCCUGCUGUCUCCAUUUCUGCCUGCUCUGCCACAGAAUUUUCAGAGAAAUCUAUAGCCGCCUCCUGACAGAAUGAGUAACAGGCUGUACAGCAUCACUGCAUUUGUUACAGGGUGGCCUGAGACCCUGUGGGUCAACAGUGCAAAGAAUCUACACAAAAUACCUUCUGAAGGACUGGGAUUUGCUUUAAGGUUAAAGAGCAGAUCUGCUCUUACGUACAAUCACUAUAUAAGAUGGUUCAUAAUAUUAUUCUCUAUUAGCAAACUGACUAUGUGUGUAUAUUUUGUUUCUUGAUGAAAGCUGUUUGGUCUCCUUAACACUAAUAAAAAUGGAUAAGUGGGUAAA